UCGACGGGAUUGGAUUGUCGGAAUUGAGCUUCUAGCUUCAGAAGUAGCAGAAGUGUGGCCGUUCAUGGGCGCUCCGUUUUGAAGCUGGGAUCAGGAUUGAGUUGUGGAUUGCUGAAGGGGGACACAAUCUUCUUCUUCUUCUUCGGUACUUGUUGGGUUGGGUUGUUGCAGAUAACCACCGAGGAGGAGAUUUUUCCCACCACCCAAAACCACCCACGACGAGGGGGCUGGUAAGGUUUUUUUCUUGCUUUACUGCUCGGUCACUAACUAUGGCUGUGGAUUACAACUUUUACCUUUCUUCGGAUGAUGUUGAUGCUGCACGGAGAGGACUCUACUGCUCUAGUGAAUGGUGUUAUACUUAGUGUCCUUGCUGGGAUGCGUACUCUGGACCCAUAUCAUAUGGAAUAGCUGCGUUGUUAUUCAGCACGUCGAUGGAGGAUUCCCUGGUGAAUUGUGAUGCAUUGGCGGGUAUUCGAUUACCUAGUGCUCAGUGUUUGGAUGGGUGAAUAUUGACCGAGAUCAGGGAGGGCAAGUGAGAUUGAUUUUUCGUUGACCUUUGGUGGUGCUACGCUAUGAUUGUUGACCUUUCUAGGAUCACGGCAGCAUCUGGUGUUAAGGGGAUAAGUUGAAACGUGUUGACCGAGAUCAGGAACGCCACCUGUUCUUGACACAGCAAAUAAGGAAAACUGAAAGCAAAUUCGGAAAAUUAUUCGCAAGUGAAACAAGACUGAUUUGUUCGUGUCCUAGUCACGGUUACCCAGAUACCAACCUCUCAAAAAGGAUUUCAUCAAUAAAGGAUUCACGGCACGUUUCUCCAGUGUUAAUUCGUUGAUUUGUAUUCUACCUGGAUCGUCCGGUUUGUCACUGCUCCGAGAUUCGGGCUAUCAAUUGCAAACAACAGAAGUGAUCCGGCACAAAACGUGGGACAGUGAUGUUCUAACCCUUGGGCUCCCCUCAAAAUUAUAGCCCUCUGCUAAAUUCCGUCAGCCUACCGCGACAACUGACACCGUGCCAUAAAUUAAUCCUAAACGUUUGUUCGUUUAAGUGCACCCCCUUUUCGUGAUUCAUUCAGGAAACUGUCCUGGAUUUGUGCAACAGCUCAGCUCCCAAAAGUUAUGGUGUGUGAUUGGUGCAUCCUGCUAGUGAUUUGAAUGUCGAACGUGAAUUGCCAGCACCCACAUACACACAUCAGUCAGGCGUUCAGGAAGAGUCGAAAAUUAUGCAUUUCCCCCGGUCACCAUCAUCAAUUUCGUUAUAGGUUGUGAUUGUUUGUGCUUCAGUGUUGUCCAUUGUGUGAUUCCGGAUGUUUGUGGAAAAGGGUGAGAAUAAAUACCCCCACCAUUAGCCAGAUGCCAUCGACAAUUUGGCAAUCGGCACGUGGAAUGCGUGGAUGAUUAAUUAAAAAUUUAGAACCGUGCCUGGAGCGGCACACUUCAAGUGGUUUUUGGCGUGGCGUGGCAUUGCCGGAAUAGUGUUAUUGUGGAUAAACCGCAGCGCGCAGCGGAGUUCAAAUACGCAGCAGCAUCCAGAUCGUUCUGCCACAACAACGGAUUCCGGGACCAGGGCAAAAUUUGGGGGCCCCCGUGUGCGAAAUUUUACCUUUUUGUGUUGUGGGGCGCAUUUUUACGCCGGCCGACGAUGAAGCUGAGGCGUACCGGAGAAGAAAUUCAUAAAUACGUGGCUUUACGAGCUGCUGCCAACGCGACGCGGAGUGAUCUUAGUGCUGCUGCCGGACGCCGCCGGUUAUUGUCGUCGUCGUUGUGUUCCAAAAGCGCGUCGAUUUGUGGCCAAGUUCUGCGUUCCCUCAGUUGAGGCCAGGGCAAUCCUUGUUCUCUUGCGAGUAGUAAAGAUAUUCAAAUUAAACGGAUGAUGUCCCAUAAAUCAAGCGUUAAUAUGAAUUCCGAGCGCUGGAAUGCUUUCAUUUCCAGUCGUAAAGUGUGAUUAUACUAGAUGCAUUUGGAAUUGCGUUCGUUCGGUUCGUCUGCACAUCUGUGAUAUUUUUUGGGAGAUGGAAAGAAAAGCAAAUAGUGUCGUUCGCAGCUGAGGUUUUUGGGUCAACCGAAAUUUCAGGCAAACAAAUAAACGUUGAUAUUGGGUCCGCCAUCUGACAUACCGCCCAAAUAAAAUCCAACUCGAGCAGCAGCAGCAACGUCCUUUGGCCAGGCAAAACGUUCCACCACAAGAUACAACACAAUGUUCGUUCAACCCAACCUUAGCCAUCAGAACGGAAAUCAGUGCAUGUACAGAAGCUAUCCUGUCCUUCCACAGAAUUCCUUUCCCCAGGUCCAUCAGCCAUAUCUAUACCACUCGAUGACCCUUCCAUGACAGUACAGCCAAAAUAGACAGACCCGUAAAAACAAUUGCUAUUACUGCAACAACAACAUCAAUCUUACUUGCACCUGUCUCUCGUCGAGUGCCCUAGGAUAUUUCUACUCGACGUCACAAACCCUCAACUCAGCACCAUCGACACUUCCCAGAAGGUCCCGUAGAUCCAAUCACCACAAUCUGCCCUAUUGCUAUCCACACGGUCCCAUUCUACCCCCUUAUCCCUUCCAACAGCAUCAACAAUCACAACAUCAACAACAACAACCACAAACAAAACCACCCCCACAACAAUCUCAAGCCCAACCCCAACUCCACCCACAUCUGCUGGAAACGGCAACGAAAGCCACCAGCACCUCCUCAACCCCACCCGUUUUGCACGACAAAUCGGCCCAAGUGAACGAAACCAUGCUCGGCAUCAAGGACCAGGAGGACCCCCUAGAUUCGCCGGCCCUCUCGGCCUCCCCUCCGCCGGCCACGCCCCCUCGGCCACCCCCGGUCCGAAACGGGUGCCAACGCUGUCGGUUCAAUGCCUCGGUAAUAUCCGCUGCGUCCAGCUUGAGCCGAUCCCACCAGCAUCUGCCGGCAUCCGGAAGUGCCAGCGCCAGCAACACCCUGACUCGGGGAAACACGCACAACUCAAGCCUCCGGGAGACGUCAACUGGUGGUGCUGGUGCCGGUCGUACCAGAGCCGGAAGUGGACCGGGAACGGAUGGAAUGCCAGGGCGGAAUCAUAUUGCAACCAGCACCGGGCAGCUGCAUACGUCGGCUUCGGUGGCCAGCAAUCACCAUGCGCAGCACAACGGUGGCAUCAGCACCUAUACUGGAGGAGGCGGAGGAGGAGGAGGAUACGACCGGGGCCGGCUGCUGGAGGAGGAAGAUUCCGCGUACCCGGCACUGCUGGAACGAGAGCUGCACUCGCUGCACCGGAAUGUCCCAGCGCUACGACGUGCCGGAGUCGACACCACAGCAAUUAGACAGCACUUCUACCCGGACGGAGGCUGGGGCUGGAUCGUUUGCGGUGUAGCGUUUUUGGCCCACGUGCUCACCACAGGGUUUCAACUUUCCUACGGUUUGCUGCUGCUGUACGCGAUACGACACCUGGGUCACGAGGUGAAUACCGAAGCAGGUUAG